CUUAGUAUUAGUUAAUGUGAGUGUGUGAAGUGUGAAAUUAAAAUGGGUGAAAGUGAAAAAGUAGAUUUGAAUGUGAAUUUGAUGUUAGUUGGUCGAACUGGAGAUGGAAAAAGUGCAAGUGGGAACACUAUUCUUGGAAGAAAGGCAUUCAAGUCAAGGCCAAGUUCAUCAAACGUUACAAAAGUUUCUGAGUUGCAAACUGGUGUGUGGGAAGGUGGCAAAACGGUAAAUGUCAUCGACACACCCGGAGUGUUUGAUUUAUCAAUUGGAGUAGAUUAUGCAGCAAGGGAAAUGGUGAAAUGCAUCGAUAUGACAAAGGAAGGUAUUCAUGCCAUUGUAAUUGUUUUCUCCGUAAGGAAUCGAUUUUCUCGAGAAGAACAAGCGAUCAUUCGAACCUUACAAACUUUAUUCGGAACCAAAAUUAUGGAUUACACCAUUCUCCUCUUUACUGGAGGUGAUGACCUCGAAGAAGAAGACAGCACACUCGAAUACUACUUGACACAUGAUUCUCCUGUUUUCCUAAAGGAUAUCCUAGCAUCUUGCAAAAAUCGUUGUGUGCUUUUCGAUAACAAGACUACGGAUGAAUCAAAGAAAAUCGAACAAAUGGGGAAGUUCGUGGGGAUGGUGAAUGAGGUAAGGGACCUAAAUGGAGGACAACCUUACAAACAUGACUUGUCUUCUAAUAUGACACUUGAAGGGAAGUUACAAGAGGUAACGACCAAACUUAAACAACAAUUGGAAGCAGAUGAAAAGGAAGCAAGAAUUAUAGCUGAAAAGAGAGAGGAAAAGAUUCUAAAGGAUAAAAGUAGCAACCUUGAACAUCAAUUGGGAAAGGCAAGAGAAGAAAGGGUAGAAGCAGAAGAGAGAGCAAAACAACUCAAACAACAAUAUACUGAGGAAAUUAGGAGGCUCAGUCACCGACUACAAAGUGCACUUGAAUGAAUGAUUGUGAUUGUGUGUUAAUUAAUAUAUGUAUGAAUAAAAGUUGCAUGGCAGCUACAUAUGCUUGUGUGUAAUUACUAAGAUUGUGGUAUUGGCAAAAGUAAUAAUAAUUUCAGAUUGUUGCAAUCCAA